AUGUUAGAAUAUCCCAAAGGUGAAAAUCAAGAGAAACUCAUUGACUUUAGUGAAUUUCAUAUUCAGGAAGUACUUGAUGAGGGUGCAUAUGGACAAAUAUCCAAAGCAGUAUGGAGAAAUGAUGUAGUUGCUCUCAAAAGGUUAAAAUCAAAUCGAGAAGAAAAGCAUAUUAUUAAUGAGCACUAA